CUUGUUUCCCACAAUGCCACGCCACAACUAUCAUAAGAUAGCACCGUUGGUAAAGUCCCUGUGUGCCAAGUAUGAAGUUCCUUAUGAAGAAAAACCUCUUCUGAGAGCAUUUGCAGACAUUGUUGGAUCCCUGAAGAAAUCUGGAGCACUGUGGUUGGAUGCUUACCUCCAUAAAUGAAGCUGGAUUUCGGUGAAGAGAAUGACUUAGCAAAGGGGAGGGCUGGGGAAAGGGGUAAUAUGUAUUCUUCUUGUCUGAUUUCAGUCUGUAUGUGUACACACAUUUGGAAAGAAGUUUCCUGUACUGUAUUGUCAAACUGAAGUUGAGGCAGAUUGAGGGAACCUAUUUUAAAUCAGAAGGAAUUUCAGAUGUGUCAGAUACUGAAAUAAGAGAGAGAGAGAGAGAGAGAGAGAAAAGAUUCAACACAGGGUAGCUCAGAAGGUUAGGACCUUUUCAAGAAAACAGGUAAAGAUGUGAAAGAAAGAGAAUGUUGACCUUUGUAUCUUCUCCUAGGUCUUGCUGUUAUAGUUCCAGCUCUGUCUCUUACCCCAGGGGUUUUCAAAUUUCUUCAGGAUUUUUUCAAUUGAAAAUCAGAAUCCAAUUAAAAUUAAGCAAAGCAAUGACUCAUCAUAAAUAUGAAUAUCUCUCCCGGACAGGGUUGGAGUUUUUGAAUGUCAGCCAAACAGCCCCACCCUUUCCAUUGUACCAUGGAAAAAUUGCUGCAGACACCCCAGGCUGUGUUUGAGUGGACUUUUUUUUCUUGCUCUUAGUCUCUCAUGAAACUCCAAGGUUCUAUAAAUCACAAUUUGAAAAAAGUUUGCAGAGAUGGUUGGGUUGGUUGGGUUACAUGGAGUCCAGCUAUAUAUUUGAUCCACAUUAAAUACAGGAUGCUUAGUUGGUUCUUUCAAAGAAUGAAUUGUAAAUAAAUUUAAGUACUUAUUC